CAGAAAAUUUUGUUUCCAUUUUUAUUUUAUUUUGUUUUUUUCUUUUUCUUAGUACUAUUUGUUUUGUACACACAGACACACUCAGUCCCAUAUUGUUUGAUGGUUUCUCUUCUCUCCAUCUCACAACACAACCCUUUGAAUUCUUUUAGAAUUCUCUGUUCUUGUCAUUGUUUUGUGUAGCAGAUUCUGCAACUCCAGUGAGUUCAAUCUGAAAUCGAAGAUAUGGUAGGAUUCAAGUAUUACAUAAAAGAAACAGACUGGCUUAGUGCUCUUUUGCAUUGCAAAUUCUUUGGUUCUUGUAGUGAUCAUCAAGAGCUUCGGAAAAAUGAAAAGAAUGUGUUUUGCAUUGACUGUAGUAUUGGGUGUUGUAGACAUUGUAUAAAGGAUGAUGAUCAUUGCUUCCACCGGCAGCUACAGAUCUGCAAAUAUCUCUUCAAUGAUGUCGUCCGCCUUCAAGAAAUGCAGAAGCAUCUUGACUGCUCUAAAAUUCAGACAUAUAAAAUCAAUGGUAAAAAAGCUGUGCAUCUCAAUCCUCGGCAUCGAUCCAAAGAUGCAAGACCUUCAACUAAAUCAAAGUUUGGUGGUACUUGUGAAGGAUGUGGGAGAUACAUACAAGACCUUCCUAAUCGCUUCUGCUCCAUUGCUUGCAAGGUCUCAGUGGUAGCAGUGAAGCUUAAGGAUCAAAGCCAUAACUUGAUUCCUGACCCAAUUCCGGAAAUUGAUAUGUCUUUUAAGGAAAACUCUUACGAAGAUACAGAUGUGAAUGAACUGGAAUCAUCAAUCUCUGUUGCUGAUUCAUCUGAGGAGAGGGCUUGGGUAAGUUCAUUCUUGAAGCCAAGGAAAGUAUUGCACAAGAGGAAAGGCAUACCUCAUAGGGCUCCUCUUUGUUGAUGCUAAUGCUUGGAAACAAAAUUAAUGUUCCAUUCUUUUUUUUCCCUUAUAUUCCUUAUAUAAAAUUUCAGUCAAUUUUCAUUUUAACAAUUCAACAUUUUUGGCUUAUUAAGGUACUAAAAACAGAAAUACUACAGCUAUUACAGUCCUAUUAAUGAUAAAUCAUUGAAGUAAAAAUAAAAUCUUUCCC